GACACGUUCCGGAAAUGACGCAUAUGCAGGCGCCGGGCCUAGCGAUGGCGCCAGAUGGUGAAGCCUCGGCUCCGGUUGAGCUGGGCUUCGUCGAGCCGGCGGCUCCGGCACAGUUGCUGAGCUCGCAGUUCCCCAGUAAAGUAGGGGGACGGCCGGCGUGGCUGAGCUGGCAGCUCCCGGAGCCCGAGCGGCUGCGGUGCGGCGGCUGCGCGCGGCCGAUGGCCUUCCUGCUGCAGGUGUACGCGCCGCGGGGCCGCGCCUUCCACCGCGCGCUCCUCCUCUUCUGUUGCGCGCUCCCGUCCUGUCCGCGCCGCCGCUUCGCCGUUUUCCGGAGCCAGCUCGGCCGCGUCAAUGAGUUCUACCCUCCAGAGCCCGAGGCCGAGGCUGAGCCGCGGCCUAGGCCCGGCCUCCGUCUCUGCCGCGUCUGCGGAGCCUCGGGGCCCAAGAGCUGCUCCCGCUGCCGCUGGGCCCAUUACUGCGGGAAGGAGCAUCAGGGCCUGGACUGGAGAGCGGGGCAUCGAGAGGCUUGUGGCCAGGCGCUGGGUGAAGCCGAUGGCGGUUUGUCUUCCCUCAACAUCCUUUUCCCAGAAUUUGAACUGGUAAUGGAGCUAGAGGAUUCUGAAGAUCAGGAGCUAGAAAAUGUGACAUAUGGAGAGCCACUGGUGGCGGCAGACCAUGAUUGUCUGAGUGAAGGCAUUGACCAAGACGAGCUGGAGGCCAUGGCAAAACAUGAGUCGAAGGAAGACCGCAUCUUUGCUAAGUUUAAGAGGAGGAUAGCACUUGCUCCUGAUCAGGUGUUGCGUUACUGCAGAGGAGGAAGCCCACUGUGGGUGUCUGAGGAGAAUGUUCCUUCUGAUGCAGAUAUCCCUAGCUGUGUAUGUGGGGCCAAACGUGAAUUUGAAUUUCAGGUGAUGCCACAGCUGCUGAACCAUCUGAAAGUGGACAGCCUAGGAGACAGUUUGGACUGGGGAACACUUGUCGUUUUUACAUGUGAACAAAACUGUGACCAUGGCAACGAAUACAUUGCAGAAUUCAUCUGGAAACAAGAUUUUUCUGCAGGACAUCUGUAAUUGUUCACCACAUCUUUACUAUUGGCUUGUACAAGCUUCUCUUUUGAAGAAGAUACAAUUUUUCAGCAUGUAAGAUACUGUACAGACCAAUAAAUGAGUAAUUUUA